GCAUUAACUGUAGUUAGGAGGCUACAUAGCUUGGCAUUUUGUUUUUCCUUUAUAAUGCUUUUGUCGGAAAAAGCAAUAUUCAAUGCUACAAUUUUUUUUAAAAAAAAAUUUAAAGCAAAGAUGCGUAAAGAACUGCAGAUUUGAUCUUUAGUUUCAGGCUUCUAUAUGUGUAGUGUAUGGUAUAUACUGAACGUAACAUACAAAGCUGGAAAAGGAGGGUCACUGCUCAGAAACUCUUCAAUGGCAAAGCAAGGAAGUUAACAAAUCUAAAAGAGGAAUAAUGGAGCCACCCAAAAAGCAGACUUUUAUUUCAUUUCCCGCUGCAGCCUUGAAGGAAAAUACUAGUAGUCCAGUAAGAAAGAGAUCAAUGAAACAUAGGUAACAGUACUCUACAAAAUAAAUAAAGGGAGAUCAUCAAAUAUGGUCCCACGCCUGCAAGCGCCAUUACUUUGCUUUCAAGACCAAUCAACUCCUCCCAACAUUUUGGUGGAGUGAAUUCAAGCAUAAAGCUAAAACCCCAUGUUCCUGUUCCUUUCUCAGUCAAUUUUCUUUUUUCUUUCCUUGCAUUGAAGAAAACAGGCUAGUUGAAGUGCUGUCUGAUGAUUGAGUAGAAGAGACUGUUGCUGUCAAAAAGACAUGGGCAAUUGUGUUACAGUUUACAAGAGCAAAGAUCCUGCAGCCAUGAAUCUUAGUGCCCAAAUUCAAUCACCCAAUAAGGAGAACUUUGUCAGAAGGGAGAUCUCAGUUGCUGAACUCGGUUCCAGGCCUCAGCCGUCAUCAAUGGAACCAGAAACUAGUUUUCGAAACUUGAGUAAAACAGAGAAUUUUUUCGAUUCCCAGCCAUGGUUAGAAUCUGAUUGUGAAGAUUUCUUCAGUGUCAAUGGUGAUUCUACCUCUUCUUGCGGUAACAGCCCUAACCACCAGAAAAGCUCCACGGAAAGUUCUCUACCUGAUAAAAGUCAUUCUACGGACCGUGCACAGGAUGCAAUAUCGCAACUUUCUCCAACUGAUACAAAGAAGCAACUAAUUGAGUUAUUUCGUGAGAGCUUUGAUGAUGAUAAUGCUGUAAACGAUGAUCCAAGUUUAGAAGGGCGAUUAAAAGAAAAACCUGCAACUUUCAGCCUCCGUCCAAAAUCUACAAGUAGAAGUCCAUAUGCAUCUAUCCCGAACUCUGUUCAAAGCAGUGAGGCAACUCCAUACAGUGGAUACCUCCCAAGGAAAGAAAAAUCAGCCCAGUCUGUGCAGUGCUGCCUUCCAAGUUUGGUGCGCAACAUGAGCUUUGGUGAGAGAAAGAAGAGGUUAAGCCCAGCCAAAACGGAUUGAUGGUAAAGCCAAAUAUCUAUGCUGUACAAAUCUCUUGAGAAGUUACACAUUUUAAGAUUGACAUGGUUAAACAAGCUACAAUCUCAAAACUUUUUGCAACUUGUCUUUUAUCAGCAGCACAAUUGUAGAGUGAUGCUUAAACUGGGAAUUUUGUCCUAAUGUGUUGUUUAAGCACCUUGUAUCUCAUAUUUUCCUAUAGUGGCUGAUAUGGCAUCUGUAAAAUGAGAAAUUUGUAAAUUUCUAUAUGUUCACUUGCUUGGUGUUGUGGCAUUAUUGAGUCAUUUGUCUUUUGUCUAUAUUAUUGCUGAAAAGUUGAAAUCGUACUGGUAUGUGACAAUCGCCUUUCUAUU